AGAACAGUUAAGCCGCUGUACCUGUUCUACAUCAGAGCAAAAAGAGCGUCUUUCCUGGGGCGAAGUGAAAAACACUCCCACCCAUUUGGGUUUCGCCGUUCGUUCUGUGUAUUGGAGGCUCCAGGGCUGCUGGGGAGGAGCGAGGCUCGUCUUUAUCAGUAAGACAGCGCCGCUGCUCGAGCUCUACACUGACCGUCUGCCGCGCGCAAUCACCGCUUGAUCGGAACCCGCGCGGAGUCUCUCCGUUAUCUCGCCGUGCUCCACUGCAGCAGAAGGGCAAGAGGAACUCCCGAGAGGAUCACUCAUUACAUCUUCGCUGACCCUUCCUGGGAGAAAAACACGGACUUAACUGGCACCUGUCCUGGGAGAUACUUAGUCGAAGACCUUUGCGUGUAACUCAGUGGAAGACAGAAGUUUUAGCCGUCUGUACCGUUGAACGUUUGUAACCUUGGAACUCGUGCUGUUCGGUGAUGAUGGGACCGUGGCUCGUCUCCAUCGCCCUCUGCGUACACCUCGCUGUCCCGCAUCUCGACAAAGCAGCAGAUGGUGAGGAUCCGACUUCAGCAGGACCCUGCCAUCCAAACCCUUGUCACAAUGGAGGCACCUGUGAAAUCAGUGAAACGUUCAGGGGCGACACAUUCAUUGGAUAUGUCUGCAAGUGCCCAUCAGGCUUCAACGGAAUCCACUGCCAACACAAUGUUAAUGAAUGCGAAAGAAGCCCCUGUAGAAAUGGGGGGAUCUGCACAGAUCUGGUUGCGAACUAUUCCUGUGAAUGCCCAGGGGAAUAUAUGGGAAGAAACUGCCAGUACAAAUGUUCCGGUCCGCUGGGCAUGGAGGGUGGAAUCAUCUCCAACCAGCAGAUAACGGCCUCCUCCACUCACCGAGCGCUCUUCGGCCUCCAGAAAUGGUACCCUUACUUUGCCCGGCUGAAUAAGAAGGGUCUUGUGAACGCCUGGACCGCAGCCGAGAAUGACAGAUGGCCCUGGAUUCAGGUAACAGAUUAUAUCACCGCUCCUAUCGAGGCUCAGUAUGUGAGGAUCUACCCGCAGGUGUGCAGGAGACACUGCACUCUUCGCAUGGAGCUCCUGGGUUGUGAGCUCACGGGGUGUUCGGAGCCAAUGGGCAUGAAGUCUGGCCACAUUCAGGACUACCAAAUCACAGCCUCCAGCAUCUUCAGAACUCUUAACAUGGACAUGUUCACCUGGGAACCUGGGAAAGCAAGACUGGAUAAACAAGGGAAGGUCAAUGCCUGGACGUCUGGACACAGUGACCAGUCCCAGUGGCUGCAGGUUGACAUGCUUCGGCCAACAAAAAUCACAGGCGUCAUUACCCAGGGGGCUAAAGACUUUGGACAUGUUCAGUUUGUCGGCUCCUACAAGCUGGCUUACAGCAAUACUGGCGAGAGAUGGCUUAUAUAUCAAGACGUAAAACAGAAGAAAGACAAGGUCUUUCAAGGAAAUUUUGAUAAUGACACCCACAGAAAGAAUGUGAUAGAUCCUCCCAUCUAUGCCAGAUUCAUCCGAAUUCUUCCAUGGUCGUGGUACGGAAGAAUCACUUUGCGUGCAGAGUUACUAGGAUGCACGGAGGAAGAGUGAAUACCCAUAUUCUUUCAUCCAUAUUCAAUAUAAACUGUGCUUAAACAUGUAAAAUUAAAAUUGGUUUCAUCUGAAUUUUCCAUUUUUAUAAUAUUAUGAUUUGUUUUUGUUUUUUUUCCUAAAGAGGAUCGGUUUAGUCAUCUAUAAUGCCCUGCUUGUUUGUCCUUUUUAUGGUCUGUGCCAUUUGUUGAAUUAUUUAAUUCAAUUUUUUUUUUAAGAGCUAAAUGGAGCAUGGGGUUUAUUUCACUGUGGUUUACGCAGUGGAACAAUAGCCACUGUACAGUGUCACUUUAAACCAGAACAAAAUGACAUGCAAUGCUUUUUGGGCCAUAAUCAAACACAUAACAGAAAAGACUAACAUUAACAUGUAAAAUAUCUUUCUACUUUAAUUUUAACAGCAGGCCUGACUGAAGUUAUAUCUCAGCUGACACUGACAUUGUUGUGUAGACAAUAAAUAUGAUGGUAUUGUAUUAUAUGUAAAAUGCUAAAUAACUGCAUGAUGCAAAAGUGAAUAGAAGUAUAAGACAACAAGAUGUAUAAGUUCAAAUUAAAGCAUUUCGUAGAUCAUUUUUAUCAAUCAUUUCAAAUUUGUAUGAUCUGUUUUCCUGUACUUUUCUAAAGACACUGUUACAUGUCCCAUAAUGUAAUGACAUGCCAUAAUAAAAGCAACACUACAGUACUGGAAGCACCUAUUACAGACUAAUCUUAACUAAUUUCACACACAUAGACAACUGCUGGAAAGUUAUGAAGGUAAAGGUACAUUUACUUACAGGUUAUGUAGGCAGUCAAAAUAUAAAUUUGUCAAGAAAAUAAUGUCAUUGGAAAUUAAUCAUUUAGAGGUAUUUGAUGUAUAAAUUAUUGUUUGUUUAACUUCCAGAUGUCUCAGUUUUUCAGGCUGUUUACCUGUACUACUGUAUUUUUUUUUCUUGAUUGUAAAAUCCUCAGGAUAGAUGUCAUCUUUUUUUAGUACUUACAAUCUUACGAUUAAAA